AUGUUGUUUAAUGUUUUAUCUUUAAUUUGCUUAGCUAUUAUUACUAAUGCUGCCGUGGUCAAGAGAGAUGAACCAAAGGUAAUCAGAAUGGAUGUCAAACAAGGUGUUUCUGAGUUGGUUAAAAGAGGUGAUGCUACUGGAUCCUCAGAAUUGACACAGGUCUUUUAUUCUUAUGCUGAUUUGAAGAUAGGAUCCAACAAGGAUCCUGUAAGUCUUUCGAUUGAUACAGGAAGUUGGUUGACACACAUUUUUGACUCAAAUGUAACUUGUUCAGGGUGCAAAAAUACUGGUCUCUAUAACUCAUCUCAAUCUUCCACUGUUGUCAAACUGGGUAAGAGAGGUCAAUCAUUUUUUGGAGCUCAUGCCUAUUAUAUCGGGGAAUUGGUUAGUGAUUCUAUUCAAAUUGGUGAUUUAAAUGUUCCUGAAGUUCUUUUCAAUGACGUUCAUAAUACCAGUGGGUUUGGUAAUGGUAUUCUUGGCUUAGCAAAACCAUCUACUAAAGAUGAGAGUAUUGCCUGGGUCGCAAAAAACCAUGGAUUGAUUAACAAAGCUGCUUACUCACUUAUUAUUCAACAUCUUGAUGGUUCUGACGGAUCUCUUGUCAUUGGUGGUUACGAUGCUGCUAAAGUUAAUGGUGAAAUCAACUGGACCAGUAUCAAGAAUUCAAAUAUUCAUGCAUUACUUUCUGAAGUUAAAAUCAAUGGUCAGACUAUCCCUGUCAACAAACAGUAUACUUUAGACACGGGUGGUGGUACUGGAUUUUUACCAGAGGCUGCAUAUAAUCAAGUUAUUGCUAAUUUGCCCGAAGAUCCAAAAUUCGGAACUGACCGUAGCCAAAUUACCUGUUCAUUACUUGAAGGUAAAACUUUCACUUAUAAUUUAAAUGGAGUUGAGUACGAGAUUCCAUUAAGAGACUUUUACACUCCCAAGGAGACCAACGGUGUUUGUAAACUUGGCUUACAAAAAGGGAAUGCUGCCCAAUUGGGAGCUUGGAUAUUCAGAAAUUUGUUGCUUGCCGUCGAUUUGGAGGGUGAUUUGUUUGGACUUGCUAGUUUAAAAAACACCACCGAAACCAACAUCAAACUGUUUUAA